AUGGAACAAUACAUUAAGUUUUCUAGCAUUUACUACCAAUUUUCAGUUCAGCGUUUGCCUGCAUGCCCCCUCACUGUCCAUGCACUUCUUCAUAUCCCAUACAACAUUCGAAACAAUGGGCCACCAUGUAACAAUUGGACCUUUAUCAUGGAGCAUUGGUGUGGCUCGCUUUUACCCAGCAUCAAGUCUCAAAAGCAACCUUUUAUAUGUCUCACACUAAGGCAGUAUCACACAGCACAGUUAUUUGAGGUUGUAAACCACUACAAUGUAACUCAGCUGAUGCCACUGAGACAUGACAUGAAUGUCCCUUCAUGGCAUGAGAAACUAUUUUUGAAGUCAGCUUGUGCACUAUCUUAUCUCUUUUUUUUACGCAGGGCUGUCGAACAGAAACAUAUUCCUGACAUGACCAUUCAAAAGAAAAUCGCUAAACACAUGAAGACCUCUUUCGGUGGCUCGAUCGGAGCCUGGUUGGACAUCCUCCCACAAAUAAUGGAACACUGGGCAAAAGUUCACAUUGGAAAUGGGGGUGAUCUUAUUCAAGGGAGCAUUGCACAGAUGAGCAGCAAGCAGGGUCUCCACAAUGCAUCUUUUGUCCAUUAUGAGCUAAACACCGACUCAAAUGCCCACUGUCCACAAGCCAAAGAAGAUUUUGUCCGUACCAUCUACUAUGGGCAUCUUGAGUAUAUCCUUCAGUGCACCCUCCCACCAAACCCAAUAUCCAAAAAUACCAAGCCUGAAACCGUUCUUUUAGGCAUCUUGACCACUUGCAACACUCAGCAAUGCGAUGCGACACUGAGGCUGACUUAUUUCAAGACCAUGAUGUUGUACAUCGAAAUUGUGGACUUAGCUGCAAUCUGCACAGUCAUUGGGCGCAUUCAAACUGGUACCACAGAUCCUUGGUGGGCGAUAGUUGAUCAAAGUGGUUCCUGGGCUCACACCGUCUUUACAGAUGACUUGCUAACUGCAGAUGCAGUCCAGCAAGUUGACCUUUAA